ACAACAGCAACCAAACAUUUUAAAAGAUACCGUCAAAAUCCUACGCCUGAUAGUUAGUAAAGAUAUUACCUUUCUUUUUGCCUAUUUAUAGGGUAAAAAAAGGAGUAGGGAGGUAGUACUGGGAAAGACAAUGAGGAAGUAUUUGUUAGUGAUAUUUGUAGGUGUAAAUUUGCUUGUAGGUGGAGUUAAUGGUAGAUUUUAUAAGGAUGCAGAGAGGGAAAUAGAUACAAAUGGAAUGUCGGCAGUGGGUGAUCCAGGAAUGAGAAGAAAUGGUUUGAGGGUAGCUUUUGAAGCUUGGAACUUCUGCAAUGAAGUUGCCCAUGAAGCUCCUGGCAUGGGGAGUCCGAGAGCUGCUGAUUGUUUUGACGUUUCAAAUUCAACCCUGUUACACAAGGUAUCUGAGGCAGAUAACAAGCUUGGAAUAGGCAGAACAUUUAAAGGAUUAUCUACAGAAGCAAUGCAUCGGCCAGAUCUUUAUGCAGUUGAGAAGGAGUUGUAUUUGGGUUCUUUAUGCGAAGUUUCAGACAGUUCAAAGCCAUGGCAAUUUUGGAUGGUUAUGUUGAAAAAUGGAAACUUUGAUACAAAGGCCGGUUUGUGUCCUGAAAAUGGGAAACCCAAACCUCCUUUUACUACUACAAAGAACUUCCCUUGCUUUGGAGAAGGGUGCAUGAAUCAACCCACUUUGAACCAUCGGCCUACACAACUGUUAGGUGAUGGUACAAUGAGGGGAUGGUUCAAUGGAACUUAUGAUUUGGAUGUUGAUAUUGGGAAAGGUCUUACAAAUUUAUCCUUUUAUGAAGUGAUUUGGGAGAAAAAGCUUGGUUCUGGAAGUUGGGUAUUUAAGCAUAGGCUCAAGACUUCAAUGAAAUAUCCAUGGUUGAUGCUUUACCUUAGAGCUGAUGCAACCAAAGGAUUCUCUGGUGGAUACCAUUAUGAAACAAGAGGAAUGCUCCACACUCUCCCAAGAUCUAAUUUUAAAGUCAAGUUCUCAUUAGAAAUAAAAAAAGGAGGUGGACCCAAGAGCCAAUUCUACCUCAUCGACAUGGGUAGUUGUUGGAAGAACAAUGGUGAGCCUUGUGAUGGUGAUGUGCUGACGGAUGUUACAAGAUAUAGUGAGAUGAUCAUCAACCCUGAUGUACCAGCUUGGUGUAGUCCCACAGCAUUGGUGAAUUGCCCACCAUACCAUAUUACUCCUAACAACACAAAGAUUUUAAGGAAUGACACAGCCAAUUUCCCAUAUGGAGCUUACCACUACUAUUGUGCUCCUGGCAAUGCUCAGCACUUGGAGCAACCUGUUAGUCUUUGCGAUCCAUACAGCAAUCCUCAAGCACAAGAGAUUGUUCAAUUGUUGCCUCACCCUAUAUGGGGUGAAUAUGGCUACCCAACUGAAAAGGGUCAAGGUUGGAUUGGGGAUCCAAGAACAUGGGUGCUUGACACUGGUGGCCUAGCUAGUAGACUUUACUUCUAUCAGGAUCCGAAUACCCCUCCAGCUGAAAGAAGAUGGACAUCUAUUGAUAUGGGCACUGAAAUUUUUGUUAGUGACAAAGAUGAAGAGGCAGAAUGGAUCCUUAGUGACUUAGAUGUUAUUCUCUUAUGAUUAUUUAUUUAUUUAUUCAGAUUCAUUUUUAGUUUUUUUCUUUAUUUUUUAAUCUCUCGAUAAGAGCAAGAGAAUAUAUUAGUGCAUAGGAUAGAAAGGUUUCCAUUAUUGAAAGCUCGAUAUGAAGAGUUGAUUGAAUUGAUAUUAUUGUUUUUAUAGUAAUUUAAAGCUGUUGGAUUCGAUUUUAUUUAA